AUGAGUACCAUGAAGUUUUGCCGUGAAUGCAACAACAUCCUGUACCCCAAGGAGGACCGGGAGCAGAAGGUGCUCCUCUACGCCUGCCGGAACUGCGACCACCAGGAGGUCGCCGACAACAACUGCGUGUACCGGAACGUGGUGCACCACAGCGCCGGGGAGUUCACCCAGGUGCUCCAGGACGUCGCCGGCGACCCCACGCUGCCCCGCACCAAGUCGGUGCGCUGCGCCUCCUGCGGCCACGGCGAGGCCGUCUUCUUCCAGGUCGCUCACCUCCUCCUCCUCCGCCUCCUUCUCAAGAGCUAG